UUGACGGCUUUGGCUUUGGCUUGCGCUGUCACGUGGAAAUGACGUCAAAAAAGAGUCGUCACUGGCCAUCGGUAAAGGGUGUUUAGUUUCGUUAUCGAAAGAAGUUUUUGCUCGGUUUGCACUAGAGUUUACACCUUGCGUUGCCCUGCAGUUAGGAGGCUGUUGGACUUGCCUAAAGGAAUUUCGGUGCAGCGGCACAGCUUUUCAGCAGCUGCUGGUUUAUGUACGUACGUGUGAAGUGAAAGCUGCAAACGCCGAACUGAGUGGUUAAGAGACGCGGACUGGUCUCGGCGUUUGAUUUCGUGAUUUCAUCCAAACACCGAUGGAGCCUCCUUCCUGAAAUUUGUGCAGUGUGCUUAGCGUAACGACGUGACCGUCUUCGAGCUUUCAAAUAUCUACCAAAGUAUGAGGAAAUCGCAGAUAUGCCGAGCAGUGCAAAUAACACCUUAACUUUCACAGCCCUGUGGACUCCCGAUCCGAAGCAUGACACUGGUCUCUACGUAAGGCGUUACCAGCAGUUCUUUCAAUCAUACGCACCUGCAUCUCGAGUGGACGUGUCUGACCCCGCUAAGUUCUGCAAUGGCAAGUACGGUGAUCGCAUUUAUCAAGCUGUCUGUACUGUACUGCUGGAUAGCAGUGUUUCAUCUGCCAAGCUGGAACCACUUUACUUUAAGUUCACUAGACAGUGGUGCAUGGAUGGACGGGUGGAAGGGAGCCCGCGUUUUCUGCAGUGGCUUGCUCCCGAUCGCAAAGACGGUUUCCAGCGAGGCUCCGUGACGUGCGAAAGGAACAUUCAAUUGUCAUUCCUUUCUUUCGGGGCCUCUAAAGGCUUGACUUCGUUUGCUCAGUGCUUGACCAUCUGCCCAGGACCUAGCAGCAGCCUUGGUUACAAAAUGGUCUGUGUUUUUAAGCAUGAUGUACGAGUUAUUUGGGUUUUCCUCACGUUGCAACAUUCACAUCAAUGCAGCAAGCCAGACAGCACCUACAAGCUAGACAUCCCGUAUGAAAAUAUACGGCGUGUGGUAGUGGACGACCGUGAGGGCAAUGCAGCCACGACAGAUGUCUACCUUCAUCUUUCGACUUUUCCACUCAUCUACAAGAAGUCGGAAAGGACGGCACCUCAGAAACAAGAUGGAUCGGCUGAAGAAGAAGGAAAUUCUUCGAACACUCGCAAUCCUGAGUAUUUCUCGUACGAGCGAGCUAUUGAGAUUGGUUGCUUCUGCACCAGUGUGAUACCAUCUUCCAAGCUCGGGACCAACUUUGUAUUAGUGCUUGGCCUCCGUAACAAGUUUAAGGCGCGCCAGAUUCUAGGCCGCCUCAGCCGAAGAUGUGACAUUGGCACAAUUGUUGCGUACACGUCUGUUAAUGUCAAUGAAGUAGGCACUGAAAUGGAGAAGGUGCGUAAAUGGUAUGAGUCGGCUGUAACUGAUUUGGUUGGGUACAGCUGUUGCUAUGCCCUCUACGCUCUCAUGCUGCAAAGCAGUGACCUUGCGGCACAGCUUGCACUCCUCUCUCAGCAUGACUUGCUUGAAAGCUUUUCAAAAACUCUUCUGGAGUUAGCAUCCCAGAAUCAAGCCUUGCUUGAAAUGGCCUUGUUUGCAGUCAGUGCAGACAUAGAGGCCCGACACAUAGUGACCAUUCUGGAAGCCAUUGAAAAGGCUUUUCAUAAGGUCUCCCAAAGCUUUGUGCCCCAAACAGCACCUCGUGGUUCGUGCCUUGUUCGGCGUAUAUUCUUGCUUCCAUCUCGGCUCCAAUUGCUGCCUCCGUGUGUUCACCAAGAGAAUAGAGUGCUACGCAACUUUGAGCCUGAGUUUGCUUUGAGGGUGACUAUUCGGGACGAUAACCUCCGGCCGCUUUCCCACUCCCUGGCCUUCCAUCAACAGAGGGAUGAAAUCGUGGAUGCCAUUGUAGGGCGAGUCCUUCGCAAAGGCAUCUACAUUGGCCGCCGACAUUUUAAACUGCUGGCUUCGUCGUGUAGUCAACUACGGGACCAUGGGGUCUGGCUGUAUGCAACGGUCACCCGAGGGAUGUGUCCUGAGGCCAUUCGCAAGUGGAUGGGGGACUUCAGCAACAUCGGCAGUAUUGCCAAGAAGAUGGCUCGCAUGGGUCAAUGUUUCUCAUCAACCGAGGAGUCUGUGCAAGUUCCCCUCGGCGUUGGUGCAGUCACGGAAGCGGACAAAGUCGGAGGAUGUCACCCAAUUUCUAAAAACCCCUAUGUCUUCUCUGAUGGAAUUGGCAUGAUGUCAAGAUCGCUGCUACAGAAGGUUUGCCAGAAGUUGGGCAUCAAAGACGAGCCGUCAGCCAUCCAGAUUCGCUAUGCAGGCUACAAAGGCAUGUUGUGCUUGAACCCGUGCCUAGAUGGUGACAAGCUUGUGUUGCGGGAAAGCAUGCGCAAGUUCCCCUGCUCCACUUCUGAAGUGCUUGAGGUCAUCAAAGUCUCAGCCCCCCGCACAGUCUGCCUUAACCGACCACUGAUCACCAUCUUGGAACAGCUUGGUGUUCCUGGGCAUGCCUUUGUGAACCUCCAGCAAAGCAUGGUGCUUCAGCUUGCGGACGCACUGGUCUGUGAGGGCAUCGCACUGGACAUUCUCAGCAGCUAUGUGGAAGUGCCAUUCUUCUUCCGGCAGCUUCAGAGCCGCGGCUUUCUGCUGACACGGCAUCCCUUUGUACGCUUGCUUCUCUGCACUGUCUACAAGAGUGCCAUGGAUGGCCUGCGUACCAAGACUCGCAUUGCGGUGGCAAGCGGUGCUGGCCGCAACAUGCUUGGUGUCAUGGACGAGACCGGCCGACUUCAGUAUGGCCAGGUUUUUGUUCAGUACACUGAGAUGGGUACAGAGAGCAAGGCAACUCAUGUCCUCACAGGCACUGUACUGGUGACGAAAUGUCCGUGCCUCCAUCCGGGUGAUGUGCGCAAGUUUGAGGCGGUGGAUGUGCCAGAGCUGCGUCACAUUAGGGAUUGCAUCGUGUUUCCAGCGAAAGGACAGCGGCCACACCCAAAUGAGAUGGCUGGCUCUGAUUUGGAUGGUGAUGAGUAUGUGGUGAUAUGGGACAAAGACCUCUAUUUUCCUGGAGCCAACCACAAGCCCAUGACUUUCAGGGACCACACGGCAGCGAGUCAUUCCAACGAUGACCUGGAAGAAGCUAUGGUGCAGUUCAUCUGUAACUACAUCAAGAAUGAUAACAUUGGUGUGAUGUCCAAUGCGCACCUCGCCUGGGCCGACCAGCUCGAGGAUGGCAUCUUUUCUGAGUGCUGCCUGAAGAUUGCUGACAAGAUCUCUGUGUGCCUCGACUUUGCCAAGACCGGAGCGUCCUCUCACCUCGACAAAAAGGAGAAACCACCGUUGUACCCCGACUUCAUGGAAAAGGGCUGCCACAAGAACACUUACCAGUCCAAGCGAAUCUUGGGCCAGCUGUACCGCCUUCAUCGAUCGUUGGAAGCUGUGGUCAGCACCGACUUUGAAAACCACUUUGUUGAAAGUGACUGUCAGAGCAAGCUAUUCGAGUUUGACGGCUGGCAGGACUAUCGAGACUGUGCAGAGCGGUCGCUUGCCGAAUAUACGACACGAAUGCAGAGGAUUCUCAGUCAGCAUGGUAUCAGGAGUGAGGGAGAAGUGGUUGCAGGUCUUGUGAACAAGGUUUCCGACUUCAACAAGACCACCCAUGAGAAGACAAACGUCGAAACUCUAGUUGCAAAGCAAUACCAGCACCUGGUCAAAGAGACACGGCAGCAGUUUUUCGAUAGCGUGGAAGCCGCUUACGAAAGUAAGGGUGUGGCUACAGACGAUGAAAAGAAGGUGGUGCUUUUGCAAGUAGCAUCCGCAUGGUACAUGGUGACAUAUGGCAGCGAAGCCCCCAACAAACAGCACUGCUGCAGCUUUCCUUGGGCCCUGGCUGAUGUUUUGCUAGAGCUUGCUAAGACUCUCUCAUGCGACGCGGAAAUGCCCCGGAUGCCGCCAAACUUCCUGCUUUCCAAGUUAAAUGCCACGUUUGCCGAAGAAUCGGCGCAAACUUCGGCAAAGGAUCUAGCCCUCGAAGUCAUCACAAAGUGGGCCGUCAAGGACGAACUGGUCAAGAACUCGAAAACAAAGCAUUCCUCCAUUUGCAAAUCCUGCUUGUCUCAUAUAUUCCAGGACUCUGUGAAAACCAUAAAGGAACAGCAAGAAUCGGGGAGUGGAGACUCCGAGCAAGCCGAAGGGGACGUCUGUCGCAACGGUGGAUCGUUUACCGUCGGUGAGCUGUUGCUCGGGUUCUUGAGGCACGUUUGUGGUGCCAAGGUGCAGUUUCCGUCCUGUGACGAAUGCAAGUGGUCCGUUUCGAUGACUCGAACGAUCACCAUGGCUGCUGUGAGGACGUACAGCCUGCUUGCGAUCACCAGAGACCUGUGCCACUUGGGGCUACCCUGCGAGCCAAAACUUCACGAGCCGGUGCAGAUAGUUCAAGAAGGGAACCCUGUUCGCAUCCAGGUGAAACACCCUGAGUUUAUGGAACUGCUCCGUCACAGCCCAGAGGAAGUGGAAGAGCUGCUGCGUGACUGGUCAGGUGUUCAGGAGGUCCACAUUCGGGGAGAUGUGAGCCACAGCAACCACUACCUGCUAGUGUCAGCCGUGGGCCGUGACUGGCAGCGCUGGUUCCUCGAGGAACUUGUGUUGCAGCCGUGGUUGGGUGAAGCUGUGGUCAAGAAGGAGAUAGAGUCAUUCCUCGAGAAGUGACUGCUGGCGGUGACAGUGCAGAGUUGUGAUAUUCGCUGAGUUGCCUUAAAGGCCUGGGCUAGUCGAUAAUCAUAAUCAAUGCUUCCUUAAGUGCCAAAGUAUGAGGCAUUGCAAAAACGAAGAAGACAAAUGCAUAUGGCUUCUCUGGCUGAAAUGUUUUUCUCCCGCUCAAAUUUUACACGACAGAAUUUCGUGGUACAUUUUGUUUAAUGCCUUGUUUGGACGCAGUGCUUUCCUGUUUCGUCCGUGAUAGCUUAUAGUAUUCGUCAUCUGCAGUGAUGUGGGAGCAAAAAUUGAAUGUAUCAGUGGUGGCACCAUCUGGCACUGUUAUCGCAAAACACAGUGUGCACCAUAAACAUUGUUUGGACACAGUAUACUUUCCUUUUUCAUCUAGAAUAGAUCAGCAAUGUUCAUCAUCUGCAGUGUUGUAGGACUGAAAACCUGAUUGCGUGAGUGAAAGGAAGGGUGGCACCAUGUGGUGCUGGUAUCCCGAAACAGAAUGUACACUGUAACAGUAGCAGAUGAUGCCACUCGAUGAUAAACACUUUUCAUCUGGUAUCCCCGCAAGCAGCUAGCAGCUGUGAUUUAUUCUGGAUGAAAACAGGCAAGUACUGCAUCAGAACAUGUCAAACGAAAUUCACCUUCAAAAUUUUAACUCCACACAAAAUCUGAAUGGGAACAAGGAGGCAGGUUACCUGGAAGAACAAUUUAUACCUGGCUACCUUACUUGUGCAGCAUUCAGUACAGAUAAAAGAAGGACAUAAAUAGAAGGGACGAACACAUGUGCUAACAUCCACAUUGCUUUAUUGAAAGGCUACAUUAUACUAAAUACCAUUUCACUUGGAAUAAGUAUUAGUGCAAACCAGACAAAGAUGUAGAAAGGAGACUAGUAAACACUGCUUCCCCUACUGUAUUUUGCAAAUCCUUGCAGAAUGCGCCGCUACAGGUAUGUUGCUACUGAAGAGGGUGCUGAUGUCUAUUCAGACUAGUUCCCAAUUUGUACAGUAGAGUUCCGUUAAUUUGACUCCGGUCAGUUUUAUUUUUCGGUUAAUUCAAUCAUGGCCAAAGGUCCUGGCGGGCAGCCAUUCAUUUCUAUGGGCCCAAACUUUCACUAUUUGGGUCCUAGAAUUGGUCUUCGGUGGAUAAUUCGAACUUGACCAGUCAGCACGCACGCUCCUGGGCCCUACGGUGACCUAAGUAGCCACUGCUUUAGUGGCAGCAUCUAUCUCGGCGGAGCUUAGGGGACAGUGAAUGCGUUAAACAGAUGACAUCUCUAAUUGAAAACGCAUAUUUUCAGCCUGCCCUAGGAAUAUUUUCAAGCAAUAACCAUAGCUCACAAUGUUUGAUUACAGUAUUUACCUGAUCCUAACAUGCACCUUUUUUUAUUAUUAUUUGUUUAUUCUUUAUUUAUUUUAAUUGGGCCGUAGAUUGCCUGUGCGGUGCAAUCGCACACGAUACCAAAACUGCAUUUGCGGUGUUUGUAUGCUUUACCGCAUAACGUGGAUGUAUAGUGGUGAACCUGACUUAGGAAACCGACAGAGGUUGUGAAACACAUUUGAGACCCCUGCUCAUUUUUUCUUGUUAAAAAAUUGAGUGUGCUUUAGAUUCCUACUAUGUUUUGAGCUUUAAUGUCAUUUCUUCAUAUGUUUUCUACUUUGGACACCUAGAAAGUGGGUGUGUAUUUGAUUCAGAGGCAGGUUAGAAUCUGGAAAAUACUGCCAAAUAAAUGCGGGUGAAGAUAAUGCAGAGGGACAAGGAACAGUCCUUGAAGAAAAUGUCAGCUGCACCUCUCGGUAUUUCAAGAUAGACAGAAAAAGAAUCCGCAUGUGGGACUCCAAGUAUGAUGCCCUAAAGCACCUCAACUACGGCAAGCGUCAAAGUUUUUCAUUGGCUGCUAUCGUGGCUUUUACUGCUUCGACCGGACAAGCGCCCAUAUCUAGAUAAACCCAAUUUUCAGUAAAAAGGGGUUGAGUGCUUCUGCGGUAUUUUACAAUAAGUUGUACAUGCUUUUGAAAUUCAGUGACUUCUCUCAUUUCACUGAGUUUGGCUCAUUUUGAAAACGCCAUGGAUUGCCAAUUCGGCCAAACUGCCACCCUCAAGUUACAGAAUGAGGUGACGCUAUGACAAGAACAAAAGGAACAAAACCUUUCUGGCUAAUUUCUCUCUCUUUUCUGUUUUGUACUCAUGAUUGCAUUACCUUACGUAGUACUAAAGUUAAAUAAUGCUACUUAAUAUUGCGUCACAUCUGAAUAAGAACAGCUGGAAGUUGGCUGCAUGUUCCUCUCUCUUUGUGUUCUUUAUCAUCCGUGUGGUGCCAAACAGGGAUGUACCAUAUUUAGCCCAGUAUAACGUGACUGAAAAUAAAGCAAGGGGGAAGUUUGCGCCCACAAGAAAAAGAAAAAAAGAAAUAGUAUUUCGAUUAUAACGUGAGUCAGGACUUCUAAGGGCAGCCAUAGUCGAGGGGGCAAAAAAGAAGGGCAAAAAAAAUUAUUAUUUACAAACAAAACUCUUGUUAUAAUAGUGUAAAUACGGUACUUGCUCCCUGUACAGCACAUACACUAUCAUGGACGGUUUACUUUAGGUAACUCUGGCAUUCAGGCCUGUAAUAGUCGUUCUGACAUUUUACACAGCAUGUGUCAAUGAUGUGCAGCACUUUUGUCUCAUUGUUGAUGCUAUUGUCGCGAGAGGAAAAGGCAGGCAGUCAGUUCCGAGCGAACGGCUGUUUACUGUUUUGGCCGCAGCAGCCAACAACACUUCUUCGUCCUCGUUCUCUAGCGUUACUAACGCGUGGCAUUACCCCUCCCUCCAAAAAAAAAAAAAAAGACUAACGCGUGGCACUAUGGAGCAGUCAAGAACCAUUUACAAAGCUUGUCUUUAUGUGUUCAAUACUCUGAAAUAAUUUGUUUGAUCUUUUAUUUCUGUGUGCUGCCAUUAAGCAGUUCUUGCAGCUUACAGCUGUAUAAGUUAUCUCGAUUAUGCUGAAUCUUUUCAAAAACUGCUCUGAGAACAUUGACUAAAGAAAACUUUGCAUGCAUGCCUCAUUGGCGCCAUGUUCUCUACAGAUGGUGUUUACAAGUUAAUCAUUGCCAUGUUAUUCCAAAUCACCAUUAAAGCAUUGCACAUCAGAGAAAACUUGCAUCUUGCGCUAGCCUAUUUUUGCAAUAUUUAGUUUCCUAUUUCUUUUGGUGGUCUCGUUUGUUUUUGGCUACAAACCAUUGCUUUUGGUUUGCGACGUGCUGUUAAUGACUCAAAUUAUAUGUUAAAGCUUUAUAUUAUUUUUGUGCAAUUUUAUUUUAUGGGCCUUUAGAAAUUUUGAAUGUUCUGUUAUGAUCUCAAACAUUUAUUCUUUGAAGUUCUUUACCGGUGUUGCUUGCUGUUAUAAGGACAGUUUGUUGUUCUCAUAUCUACCUUAAACUUUUCUUGUAACCUGCAUUUGCUGCAAGUGCCUUGUCAAACAAGUGCCGUGUUUUUGCAUUGCACAUGUUGUAAUAUCUGUGAUUUUGUUGUAAUAUCUCUGAGAUUUCUCAUUUUUAUACUUGUAUGGGUCAUUGUGCCCAUUCUGUUAGGUUUGUUGUUGGUGAUCGACAAUUUCCUUUAUACGUGGUUUGGUUCCUCACUGUUUAAAAGAAACAAUAUAGUUGAGCUUCUUGUCCAUGGGCCUGGUGAUCUCUGUCUAAGAUGUUGCUGUUAUUACUGCUACUUCCUCAAGCUUUCCUACUUUAUGGUGCUUGUGUUGUCAUAUAAUGUCAGCCAAGGUCAUCUAAUGACUUUGUUAUAAUUUAUAUAAAACCUGCAUAUCUUGUUCUUGUCACGAAUCGCUUCUCAGCCUUUUGGCUAAGAUCAAAGUGUACCAUGGAACUUGAGGAAGCUUUAACUCUUUUUGACCCUGUUCAACUAAGCGUGAAACAUAGAGAUGCUCUCCCUUUGCAAGUGCUGAAGUGAUUCACGUAAACUUAAUUUUCGGGAGAAAAAAAAAAAAAAAAAAGCUCAGCUCUGUCUACUGUACAAAGCAGAUCUAAAAAAAGAAAAUUCUUCUAAGUCUGAGAAAACUUGAAAAUAAAAAAAUAAUAAAAAUAAAGCACCAUCUUUACAUUUCUAACUCUGCCACAGAAACAGACAUCGCAGUUCUGUGAACAGUGCCUGUUAUUGCAUUGAAAGUUGACAAUCAUUAUUUUAUUAAUUUACAGAUUCACAAAAUAAAGUCAUGUGCAAUAUGGCAGUUUAGUCUUCUAAACAUAUUUAGGCAGAUGGUGCUUACAAAAUGAAAUGUGUGUGUCAAUUUUUUCAUUUUAUAAAGUAACGGAACUGGAGGAGCUUCAGUUAUUUUUUUUUUUUACUUAUAGAUUUUCGAUAAAUGUCGUUAAAAAGGCCUAAACAAAGGAAAAGUCUGUUUCCUAGAGAUGUAUGCAGUUAGUUCUACAGUUGUCUGAUACAUUUCUGAAUCAUUUGUAUUUGAGCAGAAAAAUGGAAGGUCGCCCCUACCCAAAGCUUCCUCUGAAGGAAGUUCUGCAGUCCCAUUUGAAGGCUUUCAGUAUUUUCCUGAUGUUAUGCAUACCUUGCAUUGCAUCUUGCAGGUUUCCGCAGAACUGAUUUGCCAAAACUGGUAGAGUUGCUGUCUUUUUUCUUCAAUUGCAUGUUUAUAUGAUUCUCAUCACAACAUGAUGACAUGAUGCCUCGAGUGUAGCA